GGUUCAUGGUCAGGAAAUAGGAAAGCUGUGACGUACCCACAUGCAAGGCCAGGAAGGCAGCUGACCAGUAUAUAACGCUGUGACGAGAAGCCAGCAACAGUCUGGGACUGCUACCUUCCUUCCGCAAACAUGAAACUGUUUCUGGUGACCAUUAGUGCUGUUCUUCUGGUGGGAUCCUCCAGGGUGAACGGAGGUCACAUUGGAGGCGGCGGCGGCGGGUUUGGCGGAGGACAUAUUGGAGGCGGUGGAUUUGGAGGCCAUGGUAGUGGCGGGUUUGGCGGAGGACACAUUGGAGGCGGUGGAUUUGGAGGCCAUGGUGGUGGCGGGUUUGGCGGAGGACACAUUGGAGGCGGUGGAUUUGGCGGUGGCGGCUUCUCUGGAGGUUCCAUUGGAGGAUUCUCUGGUGGUCGAUAUGGACAACGUGGAGGAUUCGGCGGUGGUGGAUUCGGUGGAUCCCUUGGAGGGAUCGGCGGUGGAUUUGGAGGCUCUCAUGGUGGGAUUGGUGGCGGAUUUGGCGGUGGAGGAUUUGGGGGAUCUCAUGGUGGAAUUGGAGGCGGAUUUGGUGGUGGAUCUGGCUUUGGAUCUCAUGGUGGAGGCUUCGGCCGCCGCUAUGGUUAAGAGAACACCAAAUUUAUCUUUCCUCAACAGUUUUGGUAACGGAAAUUUUGACCACUGUGUCUAAUGUCUGAUUCCUGAUUCUGUACCUAAUUGGUGCAACUCGAAUAAAUUUUUCAUUCCAAAUAAUUG